AUGGAUCUUCCCUGGUAUUCUCUUCUAGUUCCUCUGUUUUUCUUCCUUUUCUUCCUUAUUCAAUGCUUCUUUACUACUUCAAGUAAUCAAAAAAAGUUACCACCAUCUCCAACAAAGCUUCCAAUCAUAGGAAAUCUCCAUCAACUUGGAUCACUUCCUCACCGUUCUCUCCAUAAACUAUCCAAAAAAUAUGGUCCAGUCAUGCUACUUCACUUAGGCAGUAAGCCUGUGCUCGUUGCUUCCUCUGUCGAAGCUGCUCGUGAGAUCAUGAAAACUCAUGAUCUCGUAUGCUCAAGCAGACCCAAAUCUAGUUUGGCUGAUAAACUAUUUUAUGGCUCUAGGGACGUGGGCUUUAGUCCCUAUGGUGAAUACUGGAGACAAAUUAAAAGCAUUGUCGUGCUUCACCUUCUCAACAACAGAAGAGUCCAAUCUUAUCGUGAUAUAAGAGAAGAAGAAACAUCGAAUAUGAUUGACAAAAUCAGACAAGAGUGUGGUUCUUCGAGUUCAGUGAUAGAUUUAAGAGAUCAUUUUUGUUUUCUGACUUGUAACAUAAUUAGCAGAGUGGCCUUAGGGAGGAAAUAUGAUGAAGGAGAAGGUGGAAUGAAUGCUAAGGUCACUCUAGAUGAAUUAGGUGAACUUUUUGGCACUUUUAAUAUUGGGGAUUAUAUUCCGCUGCUUGAAUGGGUCAAUAAAUUAACAGGUCUAGACACCAAAGUGGAGAAAGUAGCUAAAAGUUUGGAUACAUUUUUAGAGUGUGUGAUCGAAGAACACAUUAUUAAGAACAAUAAAGGAGAAUACAGUACGGGUGAAGCUAAAGAUUUCGUGGAUGUUUUGCUGGAAGUUCAGAAUGGAAAGGAAACUGGCUUUCCUCUUCAAAGGGAUUCAUUGAAAGCUAUCAUCUUGGAUAUAUUUUCUGGUGGUACGGAUACAACGUAUACAGCUUUAGAGUGGGUAAUGACAGAGCUUUUGAUGCAUCCAAGAGCCAUGGAAAAAUUACAGAAUGAAGUGAGAGGAUUAGCCCAAGGGAAAGCAGAGAUAACAGAGGACGACUUAGGAUAUAUGCAGUAUCUGAAAGCAGUGAUCAAAGAGAGUCUCAGGCUUCAUCCACCAAUUCCACUACUAGUUCCUCGAGAAUCAAUAGAAGAUAUAAAAUUACUUGGCUAUCAAAUUCCUGCUAAAACUGGAGUCAUUAUCAAUGCUUGGUCAAUCGGAAGAGAUCCUUUAUCAUGGGAGAAUCCAGAGGAGUACCGACCAGAGAGGUUUUUAAAUAGUAAUAUUGAUGUGAAAGGAUUAAACUUUGAGUUGAUUCCGUUUGGAGCAGGCAGAAGGGGCUGCCCAGGAACUGGUUUUGCUAUUGUGGUAAUUGAGCUAGCAUUAGCAAGGAUUGUGCACAAGUUCAAUUUAGCAUUACCAGAAGGGUUAAAACCGGAGGAUUUGGAUAUGACGGAAGGCAGUGGCAUCACUAUUCGUAGGAUAUCACCUAUGCUAGCAGUGGCAACUCCAUGUUCUAGUUAUUAUUAAGAGUUUUUUCAUUCCACCCCGGGAGCUCCUUGAUGACUCGAAUCCACCUACUUAUAAAUUAUUUAUUAUGCUUAUCACUUAUCUU